AGGCUCACUUGAGGCACGCAGGGCGAGGCUCACUUGAGGCAGGACGAGGCAGGGCAGAGGCAGGCAGGCCGCGGCCACACACCUCACACCGUCCCUCGCGCCCCGCACCUCGCAGCCCCGGCCCCAGGGUUGCCCCGCGCCCCCAGGCCCCCCAGCACCCGUGGAGGACGCGUUGAGGCAGCUCCUCACCCCGGGGCGUAGGCGGCCAGGGCUGCUGCCUCCUGCCACUGUGCCUGCCACCAGUGACCACCGCCGCGACGUGUCUGUCCCCAUGGUCGAAUCAACAUCAGACAAGAUGAUUGAUGUUACAGUCAAGACGCUUGAUUCCCAGAAUCGGCGAUAUUCUGUCCCAGAUGACAUUACUGUCAAACAGUUCAAGGAAAGAAUAGCAUCAUCGGUGGACAUUCCAGCAGACAAGCAGAGGCUCAUAUACUGUGGCAGAGUUCUACAGGAUGACAAGAAAUUAGCAGAAUACAAUGUGCACGAGAAAGUGGUCCACCUGGUGAUGCGCGCGCCGCCCCAGGCCAACAGCAGGAAUGGAGCAGCAGGAGCCAGUUCAUCUGGCAGUGGGUCACCUGGCAGUGGUCACCACCAUCACCACCACCACCAUCACCACCACCAUCAUCACCACCGUCGCCAGCAACAAGCUGAAGCUCAACCCACCCAAGGACCAAGUUCGUCCGGCGUGAGGCUCCACCAGGCCCGUACCAUGCUGGACCGCGCCGCUGCUGUGCUGGACCGCCUCGACCGCCGUCUACAGGUGCUCCCUUCUAGUGGCGAGGGGACCAAUGAGGCGGGGGUGAUGGAGACAGAAUCAACAGAGAGCCAGCCCAGCAGCAGCAGUGGAGGAGCUGAGGAGGGCGCCACCCCCUCCACCUCCACCAUCACUCCGCCCACGGAGGAGAUGGAGGCCCUCUACUCAGAGAUGGAUGCACUUAACAACAUGGACCCAGCCACCCUGAUCCCUGGCCCCCCACCACCCCCCAUGAUGGGUGCCAUCAAUGGUAGUCUGGCCGGAGGCCUUGCCCAGGCUGCCUCGGCUGCUGUCGCCUCAGCCCUCUCCUCCUUGGCCAGGGGGAGUGGCCCUGCCCCAUCUGCUGCCACUACCACCAGUACCACCUCCUCAAGCCAACCCACAGCUGCUGUGAACAGCACUGCUGCAGCUAGUGACAACUCCAGCAGUACAUCACAGCCCUCAGCCACCCCACCCACCAGCAGCAGCGGCAGCAGGAGCACCGGUGCUGUCCCUCAGGGUAGUGUGCGCAGCACACUUACUAUAAGAAUUACCAAUCCAAGGUCAUCAUCAAAUGCAGAGUCCAGCAGUAGCACCUCCAGUACCGCUGCCUCCUCUGCCACCACUACCACCACCACCUCCUCGGGAAGCACCAGUGCUACACGUGCUGCUGUAGGUGCUGAGGCAGCCGGCAGCCGCAGCAGGAGCAGGAGGGGUUCAGGCAGCCAGGACAGAAGCAGCCCAGGCAACAACACUGCAUCAACCUCAGGGGCCUCCGAGGGUUCUGGAGGCAGUGAUGGCAACGCUGGCAUGAUGAGGCUGGAGCACCCGCGCUGCUCCGUCAUGGUGGAGGUGCUGGAUCAGUACACACAGAUACAGCGCCGCCUGGAGCCCUACCUGGCACGCUACUACCAGGCCAUGGCCAACGACCCCGUCUACAAUGACUGGGAGAGUGAGUCGCUGCAGCAGGAGCAGUGGCUGUUGUGGCGUGUGUCUGAGGUGCUUCACUUUGUGUCGCACGCCAUGCACGCCAUCAGUGACAUUAUGGUGGACCUGCGGCGCGCUCCCCCCCGCCAGCUCCGUGCAAGACCCAUCAUCAUCCAGCAGCCAGCACUGGUACAGGCCCAGAUCAACGUGACCACCAGCUCCGACCCGUCACGAGGAGGCAUGAGCGUGUUCAGCAGCCGCCCCUCCACCACCUCCACCUCUGCCACCUCUCAGGCCACCACCGUCAACACACAGACCUCCACCUCCACCACUCCAGCACAGACCACCUCAACCUCUUCCUCAUCAUCCUCUUCUUCCUCUGCCACAUCCUCAGGCCCCUCCGCUGGUUAUCUGCUGGUGUCUGGGCCUUCCACUGCUGCUCCUUCUGCUGCCACCACCACAGCUGCUACCACCACCUCCUCCUCCCCUGCCACAACAGCCACAACAGCCACCACCAGCCCGGCAGCAGCCUCGGCCGCAGUGAACCAGGCCCGCAACCUGGCGUCCCUCCUCAACCUGGGCACCAUGCAAGGCUUUCCCAUGGACGGCGGAGACCUGGUGCUCAUGGAGGUCGGGCCGCACGGGAUCACCAUCGACUCGGUGUCUGCGGAAGGAGGCUCUGGAGGUAGAGGCUCAGCACCCCCCCCAGAGUUGAUACAGAACCUGGUGUCCUCCAUCACCACCCAGCUGGGGAUGCACAUUGGUGGUGCUGCUGCCAAUUCCUCUAGUGGUGUGGCCUCCACCACAGCCUCCACCACCACUGCCUCGGCCUCCAACUCCACCACCUCUGCUGCAGCCUCCACCACCAGCAAUGCAGGUGUGCCUAUCACUGGCCCUGGACGGGACAGUCAGGCUGCCGGUAAUAGUGGGACGAACACCACCAACGUGACGCAGACGAGGGUGACACACCGGCCACACGUCCACGUGACGCCCCUCAACGUGCCGGGCAUGGGCAUGAACCAGUUUGACCCCUUCCUGCCCUGCCAGAGUCACCACAUCCGGCCGGCCACACGGAGGCGGCACCAGGCACAGACGCAGACCCAAAGUGGCAGCAGCCCCACCCAGAGCAGGAGGACGGCAGCAGGUGCCCAGGCGCAGGAGGGUGGUGGUGCUGCCCAGGCUGCUGCUCAGGCCCGGCCACAGGUGGGCGUGUCCCCCACAGCUUCCUCAGCCAAUCCUCUCGCUGUGUUUGCCAACCUCAUGGCCGAGGCGUUUGGUGGCCGGCAAGGAGGGGCGGCCCCUCAGGGUGACCAGCAGCAGCAGCAGCAGCAGCAGCAACAACAGCAACAGCAGCAGCAGCAGCAGCAGUCACCUGCUGCAGAUUCCAGUGAUUCACAAAUAAGUGACCAAAUGUUUGCUCAGUUAGUGCAGGGAGUUAUGUCUCAGGUCUCAGGCUCCCUUAAUGCAGAGGGGGGAGGAGAAGGGGGCAACCAGCCAUCAGGUGCUUCACUCCAUGAGUUCCUGCAGCCCUUUGAUGGGGGCAUGUUCAGUGAGGGGGAGGAGAACUCUCUCUUCUACCAACUCUUCAACACAGUGGCCCUCUCACUGUCCAUUGGCGACAUGGUGCAGCUGUUCUUUGGGCGGUCGAGAACAGUGAACCAGCUGCGUGAGCCACUGCAGCGUUUCAUCAGGGAGCAGGCCUUGCAGGGGAACCAGGCCACGGAGGAGAACCUCAACCGUGCCAUUGACAACAUCCUCCAGGACCUCCACCCACACCUGGUGCUCACCGCUGGUGAGGCGCACGUCCAUGAAGGGAUAGAUUAUGUUUACUCUGUGCACAACUUCGUCAGACAUCGCUUGCAUGACAUUUUCAAUCUGGUGCUGAAUCACACUGAUGAGGAGACCUUUGGGCCAUCACUUGUGUCCCUGAUGAGGAGGACAAUUGGGGAGUUCAUUGCCCUCUCCCUCUACUGCUUCUCGGAUGGUGCCCAGGGCCUGGAGAGAGUCCUACAGGAGAGAGUGCGGUCCAUCAUGACCGGGGUGAGUCCGGCCAUCCAGAACUGGUCCAUCAACACGUCCAUCAUGCAGCUGCGCUCCAUGAUGAGCCGCCUCACCAUCACGGACGACUACAUCCGCCGCUACGUCGUGUCCCCAGAUGAGGGCCGCCGCAUGGAGGAUGAGCGCAGCCGCCGCCAACGUGCCGCCGAGACUGCCAGUACUCAGCCGCCACAGCCACCGCUGCCACCUGUCUCAGAGAGCAGCCUUGCAGGAGACAAUGUUGUGCACGUUACAGCAGCCAAUGGCCCCACUGUGGAGCCCAUGGAGGUGGAGGAGGUGGGGUGCAUGGAGGAGGUGACCACCACAGGCUCGGAGCUGGAGAUCGCUGUGGAGGGAGCAACAGGGGGAGCCACGGAUGCCAAGGAGGAGGAGGCCCUGGAGGAGGCACCCAUCAUCAUCAGUGACAAGCCUCAGCAAUGGCACUCUGCUGUUCCUCAGGACUGGAUCCCUGUGAUUACGAGGGACGUGGAGCGUCAGAGGCGAGGGGUGCCGGACACAGGCCUCAGUGAUGCCUACCUCUGUGGGAUGCCACUCAAGCGCCGCAAGCUAGCAUCACAGCACAAGCCACAUGGGUCCGUGCAGCAGGUCAUACAAGACACGCUGCGGCACUGCAUGCGAGGCGCCGGCAUCAACAGGGUGGUGAUGGACAGCGUGGCGGGCGAGGCGGCGAGUCAGCUGGGAGACUCCUUCGUGGGACACAUGCGUUCCUCCCUCAGGCACAGACUCAACCACAACAAGGAUUUCAUGCCUGAGAAGUUCCCUAAGAGUGAGGAAAAUAUACGGAAAGAAAAAUAACUGUAGAUAGCUUUAUAUACAGGGAAUUUAGGCUUGUUUUGCUGUGCUGGAGAAGUUGGUGUCUUUGAAUAAUCUUUAGCAGGCCACCAGUGCAACAGUGGGAUAGAGGAUUGUCUCUACAAUCAUGUAUGAUGUAUGUGAUGUACAGUGCUUUAUAGCCUACUCAGAAGGAAGGUAAUCCCUCUAUGAAAUGUAUUAUGUAUGCAAAUACCUAGGAAGAGUCUGGAGGGACAUGUUAUACUCAUAUAUGCAAGGCACUACUGAGAAUAUAUUAGGAAUAAGCAUCAUCUAACAUUCAUACUUUCUUUCUUACACAGUAUUUAAUUGUGUAUUAUUACAACACAGUGUUAAAGGCUCACACCAAGGACGUUUUUCUUGCUUUGUGUCGACGCUUCCACAGCAGGAGGCGGCCAGCACCACGCGGCUGGCAGGGAGGGACUGGCAUGUGAGAUCAGGGUGUUGUGAAGCUUGGAGCAAUGCAUUUCUUUUCAAAGUGUUAGGAAUUAUGUUACCCCUAAAUUAUCAUGAAGGUAUUAAAAAUAAAAUGUGCCCUCA